AUGGACGGUGGCGACUUGUACAGUGGCUUGGCGCUCCCUACGAAGACCAAGCGCGAACGAGAAGAGGAAGCAAAGAGCAGUAAGAAGGUGGACGAUGAUUCAACCAAAGAAGGUGCGAUGAAGCGCCAACGCACGGAUAAGAAAUCGCUGGACCUACCGACCACGGUGGCAAAGCUAGAGGGAUACAUGCUAGUGGACAAGAAAUUUGCCAAGGCGAGCGCGUUAUUUUGCCAAUUGAUAUCGGAUCAAUUAACUGCCGAAUCGAGCGGGCUGUUCAUGGAAACAUUGACGAAAGUGAUCGAAGAGAAGGGACAAACAUUAAGCGGCAGGAAAGAAUUUCAGGCGCUGAUCGAGACGUUGAAUGCGAAGCGUGACGUGCUCCUGAGUGUUGAAGGCGAUGAACGCAGUGAGCGAGAACGAAAGCUGGAUGCGUGGAUGUUUCUGGCAAUCACGCAUGCACAGCUCUUUACAGAUGAAACGUACCAGUUUAAUAAGGCUGCUAAAGUGGUGAAGCUUCGUUUCGAAGAGAUGGUGAGCAGCAAAGAUUGUCAGGAUGGAGAGGAGCGGUCGCAUCGACUGCAUUCAGAGCUGAUGCCGCUGCUUCGCACGCUGUACAGCAAACUUAACACUUCGUGGGCUACCACAAUUAUCGAGGGAGUAUUGGCGUUAGGAACUCGUCACCGUCUGCUAUUUAACGAGCAAGAUCGAGAGGAAAUAGACUCCUGGACGAAGGGCAUGCAAGAUCGCCGCAGCGCGCCUGCAACAGUUCGAUCCGCCGGUUCCGACGCCCGACGCAACAUCGUUGCUGCGAACGGAUCCAAGACCUCAGAAGCUGGAGCUAAGGUGCCUGGUAGAUACAACCAUCCGCUCUUUAACAAAGAGAUUUAG